AUGCAAAGACUGCUUACUGUGGCAACAAGUCGGAGAGUGGCGCAUCGUCGCCUCCAUGAUGGUGAUAGGCUAUUAGCAGUGAGAGCCUCAGCGCUGUUUCAAAGAGAGCGAGUUGUAUAUCCAACUCGAGUCGGCAAUAAUGGCAUCAGACUUUUCAGUUCCAACGUUCACCCCAACAGUACCGGUACUAGUAGUGGCAACUACCAAAGCAACCAAUGGGAUCCGAAUACUACUGCUUUGUCCAACAUUCGCACUGCAAUUUUGAAGUCAUCAUUACAAGAAGUUCAUCAUCAUGGUUGGACUGAAGAUGCCUUGGCGGCAGGCACGGCGGCUGUGAAGCAACAACAUGGCGACAAGAAAAUUUCCAUGAGUGUGGUGGGACUUUUGAGUGUGGAUGAUUUAAUUGCUUUUUGUAUGGAUCAAUGGAAUAUUCAACUCAAGCAGGACUUGUUCGAGCUUCGCCACCAGAAACAAUCAACUUCCGAAAAAGAUGAAGAAAAAGAAAACAUCACUAGCAACAAAGAUCCCUUGGAACGAGGCAUCCAAACAAGGCUCCAAUAUCUCAUCCCAUACUUGCAAAGUCAACGAUGGCAUGAAGGCAUGGCACUAGGCAUUCGAGGUCCCACCAAUGCCUUGCAGACACAGCGGCAGCUGCAGGAAAUGAUUGAGAUUAUUAUUGCGACCAGCAACAACCAUCCAGAGUUGGGGACCACCGAAAAAAUGGCACUGGGAGCUGUCUAUGUCGCCACGGAGCUGCAUCUGCUCACUGAUACAUCACCACAAUACCGGGAUACUUGGGCAUUUCUGUCUCAGAGAAUGAAUGAUUGGCGAAGAUUGACAUUGCUUCCCGCCGGCACUGGCACAAGUAAUUCUUCAUCCUCAUCCGAUACGCUCUUUGUUGCGACUGCGGUGGCAUCGUCUCUUGCGGGAGGGCUGGUCAGUUUGAUCACGACAAAUCCCAGUCAAGCUUUCGGAUUGCCUGCUGCUGUAUGGUCGUCGCUGUUUCACAAUCCACAGGCGAACAGUUGGGGUACAAACGAAGUAAGCCUAGGUGCCAUCAAAGAUGGGACUCAUCCGAGCGACUAUGAAUCACAGAAGCGCGGCAGCAAAUCAUAA